ACUAUCCCACGCCACACGGGCCAUCCCUGCAAGUUAUUAAUCAAAAUUACAAAAUCUAUGGCACAUGAAAAUUUCUCUUUUUUAUCAAAAGCAGGAGUUACAAACCCACUUAAACCCAUCCCAAUUCCAUUUCCUCAGUGCGUUCCACCCACCCCCCACCUCUCUCCUUUUACUUUUGUCAUCAACUUUCCCACAUAAUUUUCCUGGAUUUUCUUAAACACAUCCAAACAGACAUCUUUCCAAGAUUCAAUCCCCCCACCCCUCCCUAUUAUUUUUUCCCCAACAUGGCCUUCAACUCCAAACCCAAGAAACCCAUUUCCUCUUCCCAAUCCCGUCUCUGUACCACUCUGUUCUUCAUCGUCCUUUUCACUAUUCCAGCUCUUUUCCUCCUCCACACCCCCACUACCGUUUCUCUCUGCUCCACCUUCUCCGGCCACCACGUCAACCCCUUUUCCGGCGACCUCCUCAUUGCCAAGUUCGCAUGGAACCGUCUCCCUUUCGAUGAAUUCCAUCCCCCUCCUAUUCCUCUCAAAAUCGCCGUCUUUUCCCGGAAAUGGCCCAUCGGAACAACACCGGGAGGGAUGGAACGCCAUGCCUAUACUUUGCACACAGCUCUAUCUCGCCGAGGCCAUGAAAUUCAUGUCUUUACCUCUCCACCUCCAUAUGGUGAUGUUCAGGACCUCAAGAACAGCCAUGGAAGCCCAACUGGCUCUUCCCCUUAUAUCCAUUGCCAUGAAGGCGAACCAGGAAAAUGGAGAUACAACAAAGCUUGGGAACAAUUCGUUGAAGAAAACCAGAGGGAACCUUUCGAUGUUGUUCAUUCGGAAAGCGUGGCACUUCCUCAUUGGCUAGCUCGGAAUCUCCAAAACCUUGCGGUUUCUUGGCAUGGAAUAGCUCUUGAGAGCUUGCAAUCCGAUAUCUUCCAAGAUUUAACACGAAAACCCACCGAACCCAUGUCACCGGCUUUCAAUAAAAGCGUCCAAAUGGCAAUCCCGAAGAUUCUCAACGAAAUAAGGUUCUUCAAGAACUAUGCUCACCAUGUUGCUAUAAGCGAUAGCUGUGGUGAAAUGUUGAGGGAUGUUUACCAAAUUCCUGAUAAAAGAGUCCAUGUGAUUCUCAAUGGUGUCGAUGAGGAUGAUUUUGGUGAAGAUUCUCAAUUAGGAAACGUUUUCAGAUCAAGAAUUGGGAUCCCAAAGAAUGCGAGUUUAGUUCUUGGAGUAGCAGGGAGAUUGGUGAAGGAUAAAGGUCAUCCUCUGCUUCAUGAAGCAUUUUCAAGGUUCGUGAUGAAGAACCCAGAUGUGUAUUUGAUCGUUGCUGGUUCUGGCCCUUGGGAGAAUCGGUAUAGAGAUUUGGGUCAUCGAGUUUUUGUUGUGGGAUCCUUGAGUCCGUCUGAACUGAGAGGCUUUUAUAACGCCAUCGAUGUGUUUGUUAAUCCGACUCUGAGACCUCAGGGACUGGAUCUUACUCUAAUGGAGGCCAUGAUGAGCGGGAAACCGGUAAUGGCGUCGAGGUUUCCGAGUAUAAAAGGGACAAUUGUUGUGGAUGAUGAAUUUGGAUAUAUGUUUUCUCCGAACGUGGAGUCUCUAAUGGAGUCCUUGGAACUGGUUGUCAAGGAUGGAGCUAAGAGGUUAGCACAAAGAGGAAAGGCUUGCAUGAGAUAUGCGGUUUCAAUGUUUACGGCAAGGAAGAUGGCUUUGGCAUAUGAGAGAUUGUUUCUUUGUAUAAAAAACGAUACAUUUUGUACCUACGCUUAGACAUAGACGAUGAUCUAAUUCCGCUUUUAAUU